CUUUGUAGUGUCAUCAUGGUUGUUGCUUUCAAUGCUUCUUGUUUUAGUGUUCCUGAUACUUUUAUUGUUGGGAUCAAACUUGGUGUGCUCUUCUCUCUCUCAUGUGGAUUUAUCAUGCAGGUGGCAUUUAGGACGAAGGUUUUCCACCCAAAUAUAAAUAGCAAUGGGAGCAUUUGCCUUGACAUUUUGAAGGAGCAGUGGAGCCCUGCCCUGACGAUUUCCAAGGUGUUGCUUUCAAUCUGUUCUUUGUUGACGGACCCAAACCCUGAUGAUCCACUGGUGCCGGAGAUUGCUCACAUGUACAAGACAGACAGGAACAAGUAUGAGACAACUGCAAGGAGCUGGACCCAGAAGUAUGCCAUGGGCUAAGUGUGCUCUCAUUGUGUUUGUCUGUGGCGAAAGCCCAUUUCUUGCUAAUACUUUUAUUUUAGUUCUAUGUAAGAAUCAAGUCUGAACUUUACCCACCCCCCAAAAAAAAAGUUGAACUUCCUCUUGAAUCCUGAAAUGGACAGAAAGAGGUUCUGGAAAAGGAUGAUAAACUCAAAAGUUGCUUUUAAUUGUUUGUACUAGUACUUGAUCUUUUCCAAGUCUAGUGCUUUAUCACACCCCAAGUCCCUGCAGA